CUCAUCGUGUCCAUUAUAUUUAACAUAAUAUUGAUAUUCUCAAACAAAAAAAAUGUAGUGCGCCCUAUGAAUAAUUUCAACGUGUUGCUGACAGAUAUAUUGAAUUGCACCAACAAAAAUUCAAAACCAAAGGUUUCACAAAAGAAUGGAUUUUAUGUGCUGUACAAUUUUAUCGAAGGUGACGUGAAAGUGGAUUACGAGGAGACCAUUACGCUGACGGCACCCGCCGACGUCAGAUUUUUGAACAAUAUCGUGCCUCUGGCGAUCCGAUGGCAGGCACCGAUGAGCAUUGCGGUUUACACCCCCGGACACGAUUUUUACACCGCUUUAAAGGUCAUCGCCUAUCUGAGAUCCUGCACCACCCCCGAGAUCAGGCAGUUCGUCACCUUUCAUUUGUUUUUUGAUGAGGGUCACUUGCCAAAUUCAAAGAAGCCGUUACUGGAAGCCUACGAGGAUGAAUACGACUGUAACGAUAAAGAUCCUACCAAAACGAUUGAAGGCGACAAACUGUACAAGCAACAGAAUGACCUGUUGUUUCCCAUUAACGUCGCAAGAAACAUUGCAAGGGAAGCGGCCAGAACGUACCUGGUGUUCCCGUCCGACAUCGAGCUGUUUCCGACGCCAAAUUUCGUCAACAAAUUCAUGGAUUUCAUUAGAAAGGAGCCCAGUCUCAUUUGGGGGAACAGGAACGUGUUUGUAUUGCCUUUGUUUGAAAUGAAACAAGGCCUGGAGAUGCCCUCAAACAAAUCAGAGUUGAUAGAUAUGAUAAAAAAUAAAAAGGCGUUUUGGUUCCACCAAGGGAUUUGCGAAUCUUGCCAUCGAGUGAUAGAUGGUACGAAGUGGUUGUCGAAUGCGGAAAGGGAUGAAAUCACAGUGUUUGCGUCGGGAAAACGACAAGGAAAACAAGUGAUUUGGGAACCGUUCUUUAUUUGCACAAACAAUGAACCACUAUGGGACGAAAGGAUGACCUGGGAGGGACAAGCAAAUAAAAUGAGUCAGGUUUUCUCACUUUGCCUUCAGGACUACACAUUCAAUGUACUGGAUAACGCAUUUCUCAUGCACAAACCGGGUAUAAAAGGGAAAAAGUUACAAAACGUAAAGUACAUGAAUGUCACCCGACGUAGUAUGAAAUUAUUAAAAGGUGUUAUAAGUCCAGAGUUAAAAAAAAUAUAUGGAAAUCGUGAAGGAUGUAGAAUAAUGUGAUCGUGACUAAAACCUUCUGAUAUCUAAAGUUGGUGCCAAUAAAAAUAUAAAAUAAAGUGGCAUAAAUAUUCAAAAAAAAUAUUUAUUACAAUGAUACUGUGUAAGUGUAGCUAAUAUUAUUUAAAUAUGUAUUUUAUUACAAUUAUUUUUUAAAUAAACUCAGUAAAUUCUAAAAUUAUUUAAUUCGAAAAACAAUGCUAAUCUUUAUAAUUUAUGAUGUAUUCAUGUGAAUUUUAAUUGUUUACAUUAAAUUAAAAACUACUGUUUUAAAUGGCUAUUACAUAAUUACAUUUGUAAGUCCUCACUAAAUUAUCACUAAUAUUUACACAACGGACACAUCUUGGACCAAAUUAAAAAACUAAACGAUUAUUCUUGAUUUCAAGAAUAUGUCACUGUAUUAACACACUAUAAGCGGGUCGGGUAAAAAUACCCGUCUCGAGAACUGUUGAUUGUUAGCUGGUCGGGUAAUUUUUACUUUUUUGAAUGUACUUACUUUAAAAGCGGGGUAAGAUAAUUUUACUCUAUUGGUUUACAAACGGGACUGAAAGAAUUAUCUCUUAUUUUUUGUUAUAAUUCAACAACUUAGUUUGGACUAUUUCACUACCCGCCUAUAGUGUGUUAAUAUGCAUAAAUAUAUGUGCAACCAAGGAAAAUAUCUUUAUAAUUGUAAACAUAAUUGUUUCAAAUCAAUUAAUUAGCUAAAUUUUAUCAACAACAACAUUUUACUACUGCAUUACUUUAAACUACUAAGCGAGGAAUUUCUUAUUCAAAAUUUACUUAAAGCAAAUCUUAGCAAUUAUAACUUAUAUUUGGAACAAAUGAUAAAAAGCCCUUAGGGCUAAUAAAAUAAUAUAAUAAUAUAUAAUAUUAUUUAUUAUUAUAAUAUUUUAAACUAGACAAAGGUAUUUAGGAAAUUGUGGAUAGUUUCUUUGAU